AUCAAGCUAUGAUUUUUACCUUUUUAUCCCUUUCACUCCUCGUUGCUUCCACCUUAACCUUGUCCCUUUCGAAGGGGUUAUUACCGCUGAGAGUCGUGCUUUGCACGACACCUUGAACAUUGUGGGCUUGGUGGGCAGUAUUGACAAUGACUUUUGCGGCACCGAUAUGACGAUUGGGGCCGACUCCGCUCUGCAUCGGAUCAUAGAGGCGACUGAUGCUAUUACGACUACUGCACAUUCUCAUCAGCGUUGCUUUAUUCUUGAGGUAAUGGGUCGGCAUUGUGGAUAUUUAGCUAUUGUCGCUGCACUGGCAAGUGAGGCCGACUGGGUGUUCGUUCCUGAAUCACCGCCAUCUGAUGACUGGCAGGAGCGUCUUUAUCGACGUCUUAUCUCAGUAAGUGUGGAGAAAGAUCGAUAUGGAAUCCUGAUUCAUUCCUAUUUGUAA